GCGCGGCGCUAUUUCCAGCCUCGCCGGAGGCUUCGCUCGCACUUCGCUGGGAGCCUUCCCGGCGCUGGCGCUGGACCCGGAUCCGGUGGUACCGUGGGGAGGAGACAGGACCGGGUGGUGGCGGCGGAGACAGGGGACGCAACCAGUGCCUGGGACCCAAUAGGAGCACGCCGCCGCAACCUCUCCCGCGUUCUCCGGCCGCCGACUCCACGCCAAUCGCCUACUCCCGACACCUAGGACUACACGGAGAAGGAGACGCAGCCCGGCCCGAGCUGGAGCGGAGAUCCUACUUGCUUCCCAAGCUCCUGGGAAGAGGAUUCUCCUGCCGCCAAGAACCGCGCCGGACCGGAGGAACCCGUGGCCUGGAGAGCGCCGGCCGCUCCAGACCCCGGCCUGAUGGAUGUCUGGUGCGGAUAAUGAAGGAAGAACGUGCCUUUUACCCCCAAGAGGUGACCCCGGAGCGUGCCCCGGAUGACCCCACGACUUGGAACAAUGCGGCUAGCCUGCAUGUUCUCAUCCAUCCUGCUGUUUGGAGCUGCGGGCCUCCUCCUCUUCAUCAGCCUACAGGACCCUGUAGAGCUCACCCCCCAGCAGGUUCCAGGCAUGAAGUUCAGCAUCAGGACCCAGCAGCAUGAUGGCCACUUGAGAAUACCCACAGAAAGGGUCACUCGAGAUUCAACUAGUGGAUCCCCAAGAGGCCUCCAACUUCAGGUACCUGACCAGCCUCGACCUCACCCGAAGGCAAAGGCAGUGGGGUCUCCUUUGCGACUCCGGCAGCGCAGGCGGAGACUGCUCAUCAAAAAGAUGCCAGCUGCAGGGACCAUCCGAGGCAUCAACUCGUCUGAGACCUUUGUCCAGCCAAGACCCCACGCCAUGGACAGUCGCUGGGCCAGCCUGCAUCAGAGCCAGCAGGAGCGCAAGCGUGUGAUGCGAGAAGCCUGCGCCAAGUACCGGGCCAGCAGCAGCCGCAGGGCUGUCACUCCGCGCCACGUGUCCCGCAUCUUCGUGGAGGACCGCCACCGCGUGCUGUACUGCGAGGUGCCCAAGGCAGGAUGCUCCAACUGGAAGCGGGUGCUCAUGGUGCUUGCAGGGCUGGCCUCCUCCACGGCCGAUAUACAGCACAACACCGUCCACUACGGCAGCGCCCUCAAGCGGCUGGAUACUUUCGACCGUCAGGGCAUCGUGCACCGUCUCAGUACCUACACCAAGAUGCUCUUUGUCCGGGAACCCUUUGAGAGGCUGGUCUCUGCUUUCCGGGACAAGUUUGAGCACCCCAACAGCUACUAUCACCCUGUCUUUGGCAAGGCUAUCCUGGCCCGCUAUCGGGCCAACGCCUCGGGGGAGGCACUGCGGACUGGCUCCGGCGUGCAGUUCCCGGAGUUCAUCCAGUACCUGCUGGAUGUCCAUCGGCCCGUGGGCAUGGACAUCCACUGGGACCACGUCAGCCGGCUGUGCAGCCCCUGCCUCAUCGACUAUGACUUCGUGGGCAAGUUCGAGAGCAUGGAGGACGAUGCCAACUUCUUUCUGCAUCUCAUCCACGCGCCUGGGAACCUGACCUUCCCGAGGUUCAAGGACAGGCACUCUCAGGAGGCUCGGACCACGUCGAGAAUCACCCAUCAGUACUUCGCGCAGCUCUCCGCCCUGCAGCGGCAGCGAACCUACGACUUUUACUACAUGGAUUACCUGAUGUUCAACUACUCCAAGCCUUUCUCGGACCUGUACUGAGGGGUGAGGCCUGCUGGUCAGGGGAGGGCCUUGGCUGCCCACUCACCUCCCAGGAGCUGAGCUACACCGCGGGCCUCAGACCAUGUGAGGUGUGGUGGCUGUGGCCCUAGGUGGGGGAGAGAGGCCCAGACAUUGGACCUUGACUCUUGUCCCACACCUGUCUGUCUCCUCAUUGGGUGGCCUGAGCUUGCUUCUGAGGACGGAUGCUCCGCCGAGCUCAGCCAGGAUGCUGACAGGGAAGCCUGAGGGCCCCAGCGUAAGGGAUGUCCUGCAUUCCCUUAUCCUCUGCCUUGUACCAGACCACCAGGUCUGCUGCUUUUCUAUGACCCAGGGGAGGUCUGAAUAAAGCACAUGGUUUUCAGA